AUGGCGGACUUAGAAGCCGUUUUGGCUGACGUCAGCUAUCUGAUGGCGAUGGAGAAAAGCAGAAGUCAACCAGCUGCUCGAGCCAGUAAACGGAUAGUUUUGCCAGAUCCAAGGUGA